AUGGCGUUGAACGAGCGUCAGGGCUCCGAAAGCGGACCCGAUCCAGAAGAGCUGGAGGUGCUGGAGUGUGAAGUGAAGGAAAUGGCAGAGAAGAUUUUAGAGUACAGAGCCACUUUACCAGAUCAGCUCAAGAACACCUUCGCCUCAAUUCUCGCUGCUCAGAAACCCCUUUUUCUGAUGGGUCGGAUCCUGGGACUUCCGGAGCUCCGAAUUCGGAAGAUGGAAGCUUGGUACGAGGAACCCCCUUUUGGGAGCCCAAGUGGGAUUUUAAUUUUCUUUGGUGACUGCAAAGAUAUUUGA